CGCGUGAUCCAUACGUUACCGAAGGGUUGCUGUGUCUGGUCACGAGUGGCUAGUGGCUUGUUAAAAAAAGUGUUCGCGAAAAGACCCUGCCUCGACCGUGAUGUCCAAGUCCAAGCUGAAUAAAAUAACCAUCUCGCAAGCUGAGCAGAGAGCCGAGUAUCGUACCUUCAAAACUGUGUUUUUCUACUGCAUACUCAUAAUCGUAUUACCGGUGACCACGUUCUUUUCAUCAAAAUACUGGAUCUUUGACGGGGUUUUCCAGCUAACGCACAUCGCCAGUAAUAUCUACUCGGCUAUAAGUGCAGUCAUUGCACUACACGUUGCUCUGUUCCUGUUCAUAUACAAAGCGUACUUUUCUGUUAGCUUAGACGCUUCGACUAGCGGUAGUAAGACAGAUAAAGUCAUCCAGAAAGAAGACUAAGGCGGACUUUUGCCGUGUGCCUCGAUUCUACUGAGUUGCAGUUGUUACCCCAUCGGUUUUGGGGAAUAGCGCACAACGGCGUGUAGCAUCGAAUCAUGAAUAAAAUUAACAUGAAACUGGGACAGACCUUGAUUGUGGAACUUGAGGAA